GUCGACUCUGAAUCACACGCACGCAAAUAUAAUGGAGGUUAGCUUUACUGUUUGUUGUUUUGAUUUUUUUUUAUACAAAUGCAAUCGGAUUGAUAGUGUUAUGAUAAUUUUUUAACAUUAGACCAAGAAAAAUUGCAAACAUGGAAGUAGAAUCUCCGUCAUCGCUUGAUUAUGGAAACAAUCAAUUCGUCAAGCAAGAUUUUGAUUGUCCAUCAGAAGAAAAUGAACAUCUAAUCAACUCAAAUAUUUCUUCAGGGGAUAAUUAUAUAGUUGAUGAAAUGACAAACCAAAGUUUAGAUGCUGUUGAGGAGGCAGAUAACAGCAACCAAAACCAGCUAUCUGAUGAAGAACUGCAGAUCCUUGCAGAGCAGAAAGCUGUUGAAAGGGAACUACAACAGUUAAAAGAGGAGGGAUUCCUACCAAUGGAAGAACCACCAGAAUAUGAUGUCAGGCAACGUAUUGCACAACUAAAUGCAGAACUUGCUGCAGAAGGAACUAUUCCUGAUAAAAAAAAUCAGAGUGUUCAGUUUCGUGAUGAUCCUGUCACGGAUAUAUUUCCGGUAACCUAUUAUGAGAACGAAGACUAUGAUUACGAAGAGGAUGACCAAGUAGUUAAUGAUGAUGAUUCAAUUGACCAAGAAGUUGCGAAGCUAACACUAAAUGAUUCAGAUGAAAACAAUGAAGGUAAGUCCCCUAUCCAUAGAGAACAGAUGAAGAAACAAACUAUCAGCUUCUCAGAUGCUAAAGACAACAAUUCGUCAGAUGAACAGGUCAAUAGGCAGUCGGAGGAAGACACAGUUGUUGUUGAAAGAGAUGGAAAAUUUGAGGUAGUUAAUGCUGCUGAUUUAACCACAGAAGAAAGAACGCUAAUGGGGUUAGAUCCAGUCAAAAAAACUGAAUCUGCAUUGCCCAAUAUAAACAACUCAGAGACGCAUUCCAAUUCUUUUCAACCAGAGAGGCCAUCAACGGCCGGCACAUAUUCUGCACACAAACCUCACAAAAACCUGUCAAAACGUCGUGUCCAGUCUGCCCGUGCUGUGAAUCAGAAAACUUUUUCUUCAGAUAAACCAAUUAUUGUAACAAAAUCAGAUCCAUUUAGGGAUGGAACAUUUUCAGAAGUCGGUAAUGAAAAGAGUCGUUAUGGUCUCACGCAGGAACAAAAAGAGCACCAGAGGCAGCAGGCACGAUUGAAGAAAGAAAAAUUACGAGAAAAAAUGCAAGAGAAGGAGGAGGAAGAGAGGAAAAAUAAAAGUGAACGUGAUGAAGCAUUUCAAGCUUGGGUCCAGCAGAAGCAGGAGAAUAAGCAACAAAAGAGAAAAGAAGAAAGAAACAAGAGAAAGUCGGAAUCAGACCCAAAUAAGCCUAACCCAGAUGACGUAUUCAAAAGUUGGCUUGAAGGGAAGAAACGACAAUCUAAUCUAGAAAGGCGGUACCACAAGCAACUUGAGCAGGAGAGCAAACAAUGCCUGCAACAAAGGAGUCGUGCAGAAUGCGAGAAGAGCUACAAAGCAUGGGUCCGUUCCAAAAAUCAACAAUUGCGUGAACAGCAGUCACUCAGCAGGGCACAAGCUCUGUCAACAAAACAACAAGCACAGAGGUCAAGGAAGUCGCGAACUUUGGCCAAAGCUCUUCAAGUCGCUCAAACCUACAGAUACACAGACUAUUAUGGUUACAGAUUUUAAAUGAAAUGAACUUUCAGUCAUUCAAAUUUUAUUCAGAAGGAUGAGUUUGAUUAUGGGAAAAAUUUUUCUUGAGAUUCCAUCAAAUAAGUACAGUUAAUCCUACAUUCAAUUCUAUCGAUUAACACUUUAGGAAGAGGAGAAAAAAAUCACUCGUUAUUAGAAUUAGAAGAAUUGUUUUUUUGGUUAAGCACAAACAAUACGCUUAAAGUGAUCACUGGCGCUAAUUCAAGUUAACAUAGCAAACAUUGAAAAGUAACAUUAUAGUAUGUCUGAACUUAAAAUUGGUUAAAUAGCUAUUAAAAGAUUAUUUAUUUAUAUUGAUGAAUUUAUCAAAAUUAAUAUCUCUUUUUUGUAUGUUUUGUUGCAUAUUCCGUCCAAAGCAUAAAUUGUGUGCAUUUUUGUUUAUUCCAAAGAGAAUGUGUCCCAUUUGCUAACAGAGAAAUAAGGAUACAGUAGAUGAGACCGGGCCAUGUCCCGGUCCAGUGUUUUAAAUAUUAAUAGGCCACAGGUUUUCUUACAUCUUACGAUGAAAUGCCCUUGUUUAGACAUUUUAACUCUAUUUUUAUAUCGUGAAAGUAAUUUGAAACAAGGAAGGGUAGACACACUUAUUCCAUGAUGAUAUUUCUCAUUCUUUUUCAAAAUUGUAUGUACUAUUCUAUGAUGAUGUAAUGAUGUUUUUUAAGAUGGGUAUUCUUGCCAAAAUAGAUUAAUUCUUCAUGUUUGUACUGGAAUGUAUUUUGCCUGUAUUUAAGCAAAGCAAAAGAAUAGCUUUAGGUAAAAAGUCGUUAGUUUUAACAAACAGCAGUUGUCUCGCUCGCUUACACACUGGUGCCAAAACACUUAGUAAAUUGAUGAUUUUUAUACUUUUCAUUUUUAAAUAGAUAAGAGUGUUCUUAACUUUCUGUUGAAAGACUACAUUUCCUGUAUUUUUGCAUACACCCUUAUAUGGGGCAAUUUUGAAGAAUUUUUGAAAUAGUGUAUGAAGUUUUAUUCUGUGUCUUAUUGUAAGUCAUGGAUGAGUGAAUAAUUCUACUUGUAGGUUCCCGUCGUUGUGCAGUGUUGAAAGCACCUUAUCGUAAGAUGUUAACUUGUGAUCUGCUUAAGGUUUGUUUCAUAGACAGUAUCUUUGUUUAUAAUCACUAUUUUAUGGACCGAGGCACAAAGCCCCGUCCCUUGGAAAUUGCUGCCAAGGUCUAAAAAAACGACAGCGUAAACGUACGUAAACACGUGUGUUUGUCAGAAUUGCUAGCUCUGCUCUGAUUGGCCAGUUGUUACAUUUUAUUGACACUCCAGAAGGAUCACUGUACUCUUUUGAAAUUCAAGCACUCUGGAAGAUGGAUGAGAUAAAUUCUGAUUUUUAUGUAGCUGUUUUGCGUGCCUUUUCUUGUUAUCUAAACGUAAUGUAGCAUGUAAGAUUCUCAGGAAUGAAGUUAUACUACUGUGUGGUGGUGUAUUUUACAGUACCUUGAUCCCUUACAAAAGUUUACCUCAACCAUUCUUGAAUUUUGUAUUUCGGCUAUUGUUUUACAAAUUUAGGAAUCUUUUAACAAUUAUUAGUGUUUAUUGUGUUUAAUUGUGACAGUUAUGCUACUCUAGCGUAACUGUAUUCGUUAUCGUUUUCAUAAACUUGCGAAAACUCCCUAGUAUUCUAGUCUAGUGGUUUUGUAGCAGGGGUGACAAUGCACUACAUGAAAAUUGCUUUUAUGCCUUCCAUUUUUUUGCAUAAACUAAGUUAAGCAAGUACUAACCGCAUUGGUGUGACAUUACAGUAUAUAGAUCUUGGGAACGUUAUAAUCAGUACUGUACUUAAAUCAUGUUUAUCUCGUGCAUUAAGCCAAAAGAACUUUUUGUUGCCCUAAACCUGAUUGACCAAACCUUUAAAAAAAAUUGAGUCCGACUUUUUGUAAUGCAUUAUUACCAUGGAGACUAUAAAACUUGUUUUGUACUUUGGCAACACAACUAUUUUUGGCCUAAUUUUUUGCUCUUGUAUUUGUCCGUCCACGCAUGUUCAAAUUAGGCGUGAGCCCUACGAUUGUCCAUGUAGUAUUGUGCGUUUACUGAGAGAUGUAAUUAAUGAUUAAGAGGAUAUAGUAAAGAACGAUUUGUUAGCAGGAAA